AUGCCAAAUACGCAAACAUCCCAGGGUUCAUCGCCCCGUAUCCUGGAGUGCCAUAUAGUAAACUCGAAUUUGGUGGUGGCUUCCACCCACAAGAUGCCUCGGAGCUCUUCAAUCAGCGGCAUUCUGCUCUGCACAACGUGAAGCUGCUCGUUGCAGCUUGUGCCCUGCACAAUUACAUUCGUGAUGAGAGCCCCAACGACUGGAUCUUCAAUAUGUACGAACACAAAGCUAUAGAGACCGAACAACCACUUGUUAAUGCAGACUCAGACAUCCCCGUGGGAGCAGAAGAAGCCGAACGCGCCUCCCAGGUCAAAUACCUUUGUCCUGGACAAGCUCACUCGUCUCUACAUUUCAUGCAAAAGGCCUCAACUUGCACGCCGGGUGUUCGAUGAAAUUGCGCAAUCAGAAAGGAAAAACAAGACUACAUUAUGGAACCAAAUGAUUAGAGCUUUCGCAUGGGAUGGACCCUUUGAGAAAGCCGUGGAAUUGUACGAUGAGAUGAUCGAUUCUGGGAUCAAACCCACGAAAUACACGUACCCUUUCGUGCUCAAGGCUUGCUCUGCUCUGCAAGAUGUAGAAACCGGCGUUAAGAUUCGUGGGCAUGUGAAAAGAGAUAAUCUUGACAAAGAUGUUUACGUGUGUACAGCGUUGGUGAACUUCUAUGUUAAGUGUGGUUGUUUGGUGGAAGCAAGGGGAGUCUUCGAUGAAAUGCUUGAAAGAGAUGUUGUGGCUUGGAAUGCGAUGGUUUCUGGGUAUUCGUCGAAUGGAAUGUAUUGGGAUGCAAUUGGAUUGGUUUUGGAGAUGCAACGGAGGGGGCUGGAACCGAAUUCUUCAACAGUUGCAGCAAUUUUGCCUGUGAUUGGGGGGGCAAGUAGGUUGAGGGACGGAAAGAGUUUUCAUGGUUUUUGCUUGAGGAGAAGUUUUGAUCGUGAUGUCGUGGUUGGAACUGGGCUUUUGGAUAUGUAUGGGAAAUGUGGUUUGCUUGUUUAUGCAAUGAGGAUAUUUGGUGCAUUGGCAUUCAAGAAUGAGGUUACAUGGAGUGCUAUUGUUGGAGCUUGUGUUACUUGUAGUUCUAUGCGGGAGGGCUUCGAAUUGCUCGGCAAAUUGAGGGUCGAAGUUGGAGGGAGUCCUUCUCCGGUCAUGCUCGCAACGGUUGUUCGUGGUUGUGCUAAGAUGAAUGAUUUGAGCAUGGGGAGACAGCUGCACUGUUACAUGAUCAAGCUGGGAUUGUGUUUUGAUUUUAUGGUGGGUAAUACACUCGUUUCGAUGUAUGCAAAAUGUGGGUCGGUAAAUGAUGCAAUGGGAUUCUUUGAGGGAAUGCAGGUUAAGGAUUCUGUUUCUUACAGUGCUGUGAUCUCGGGUUGUGUUCAAAAUGGCUAUGCAGAGGAAGCCCUGCAAAUGUUCCGGAAAAUGCGGCUCUUAGGCGUUGAGCCGGAAAUGGCAACCAUGAUGGGGUUCUUGCCAGCCUGCUCUUACCUAGCAGCACUUCAACACGGAGUCUGCGGUCAUGCCUACUCAAUAGUUCGUGGAUUCACAGCAGAUAUCUCGAUUUGCAAUGCUGUAAUCGACAUGUACAGUAAGUGUGGCAAGAUGGAUUCUGCAAGGCGCGUCUUUGACAGGAUGCACGAGAAAGAUGUGGUGUCGUGGAAUGCCAUGAUUGCUGGCUAUGGAAUUCAUGGACUUGGGAAGGAAGCAAUUUUUCUCUUAGAGGAUAUGCAGAAAGGGGGUUACAAACCGGAUGAAGUAACUUUCAUUGCCUUGCUGUCCGCUUGCAGCCAUUCGGGGCUCGUUACUGAAGGGAAGCAUCUGUUUCGAGUCAUGACUCAAGAAUUCAACAUUGUGCCCAAGAUGGAUCACUACUUUUGCAUGGUGGAUGUGUUGGGCCGUGCUGGCUUCUUGAACGAGGCUCACGAACUCAUCACCACGAUGCCAUUUGAGCCCGAUGCUCAUAUAUGGAAUGCCUUACUAGCGGCUUGUAGGAUCCACAGAAAUAUUGAACUUGCAGAAGAAGUUUCUGAGAAAAUCCAGACCUUGGGGCCUGCAAGCACCGGAAAUUUCGUUCUGUUAUAUAAUUUGUACACCACUGCUCGAAGAUGGGAUGAUGCUGCAAAUAUUCGAAUCCAGCAGAAGGAAAUGGGCUUCAAGAAGAGACCUGGAUGCAGCUGGAUUGAGGUGAAUGGGGUUGUUCAUGGCUUUGUUGGUGGAGAUUGGUCUCACCAAGAAUCGCCUAAAAUAUACGAGAAAUUGGAGGAGCUCGUGGCUGAGAUGAAAAGAUUGGGCUACAAUGCAGAGUCUGAGUUUGUUUACCACGACGUUGAAGAGGAGGAGAAGGAAAAGAUACUCCUCUAUCACAGCGAGAAGCUUGCCGUUGCAUAUGGAAUUAUUAGCCUUAAACCCGACAAACCUAUUAUGGUUACGAAGAAUUUGAGGGUGUGUGGUGACUGCCAUACUGCCCUAAAAUACAUUACAAGUAUUACUAAGAGAGAAAUAACAGUAAGAGACACGGUUCGUUUUCAUCAUUUCAAGAAUGGAGUAUGCAGCUGCGGAGACUUUUGGUGAAAGCAUGGAGGAUUUUGGUCGGAUCAGUCGGGCUUGUGAUGAAGACUCCACGUCUUGCAUUGAGCUCGAGCAUGGUAAAUCUUUUGACGAUCCAAUACUAUUGUUGAUAGUUUUCUAAUGUAGUGAUAUUUCUUGUUCUUGUGAUGCAACUGUCUGCCUUAUUUUUUAGCUCGAUAAGGAAUGCCAUCCGAUUCGUCUAGAUUUUCUGAUGUAAAAUCUGAAAUUAAUGGAAUGCACUGGUCUGACUCAUUCAAAAAGGCUAGGAUUGAUUGAAGCGUUCGACUAGGCUGGCAUAUGAUUGAGAAGCGUGAAACUACGUGACACACAUUAGUUACAAGAGGUACAUGCAGACGGGACCUCAACACCACUCAACGGUGGGAAGACAACAUCGCCGCCAAGUGGGAUUGAACCCAAGACCUCUCACAAAUGAAAGUGUUUGAGUGCUUCAGCUUUGUCACUAGAACAAGGCCUCAUUGAUGCAUUUUAUAAACUCUUAAAACAUUUUAUAAACUAUUGGAAC